AUGUCCUUCGCCGAGGAGUUUGAAUCUAAUCUUGUGUCGCUGGCUCAUGUUUUGCAGAAGAAAUAUGCACUCCUGCGUGAUUUGGAUAAAAGUUUGCAAGAGAACCAAAGACAAAAUGAGCAACGGUGCGAGAAAGAAAUAGAGGAGAUAAGAAGAGGCAGAGCUGGAAAUGUCACAGCCAAUACAUCUCUCACACAGUUCUCAGAGGAAGCACUUGAUGAACAGAAACACAGCGUCCGAAUCGCUGACGAGAAAGUCGCUUUGGCUAUGCAGGCUUAUGAUCUGGUGGAUAUGCAUGUUCAGCAACUUGACCAGUACAUGAAAAAAUCCGAGGAGCUGCGCAAAGAGAAAGAAAUUGCUGCUGCAUCAAACGUGGAGAGCAGCGGAGAAGCCGGGAAAGCGGGUGAAGGUAGAAGAGGAGGACGAAAGAAGACAAGGCUAGCGACGGCUGCAGCGUCAACAGCAGCAGCAGCAGCAGGGACGACGGGGAUGAGUUCGAGUGGGAUGGAUUUGGAUCUGCCUGUGGAUCCAAACGAACCAACUUACUGCAUUUGCAACCAAGUUAGCUACGGCGAGAUGAUUGCAUGUGACAACAACGAGUGCAAGAUUGAGUGGUUCCAUUUCGGCUGCGUCGGUCUGAAAGAACAACCCAAGGGGAAAUGGUACUGUCCGGAUUGUGCUACUGUCAAGAAGGGCAGGAAAGGCCGGUGA